UGUCUGUUGCCGAAAAUGUCCGUUGUAUUUGUUUUUGGUCAAUUGAGGAGUCGUCGUGAGGGCUUGUGGAAAAGUGUUCCGGGGGGCAUCCCUGGGCGGUGUGACAGAAGAUUUCCUGUAGUGACUCUGCACAGAUUCGAACUCAGUUCCUCUGAGUCUUUCUGUGCACCUAUCACUCCAGUUACCAUUCCACCAUCGUCCCAGGGACAUUAUUAUUAUAUACACUUGAGGAUUCUCGGAACAAUUCCGGCUCAUUAUUCUCUUCUCUCGUUGCCAUCAAUUUCAUAAACAGUACGUCGGGCAUUCAUCUCUUGAGGUACGACCUCACCUAGGUUCGUGCUGGCAGGGUACUUUUGCGGGUUUAAGCCCAUUAACUCCGGGUACGUCCCCUGCAACUGUCGAACUGAAGGUCGCUCCAGCAUCUUCUUUUGCCUGCGUCUCCAGAUGAAAAAUCCAAUCGAGGCAAUGAUGCCAAUAACUCCCGCCGAAGCAAUCGCAAUCCCCGCGAUCUCGCCUACAGAGAGACCUGCUGAACGAUUGGUCUCGAUCGGUGGCGAUGUUGGCUGCUUUUCGCUGUUUGCACUUCUUGUUGGUGCCGUACUCGACGGUGGAAGAUCGGAUGAUGAUGUGGCCGAUGUAGAUGGGCUAGAUGACGUGGAUGACGUGGAUGAUGUGGGUCUAGUAGACACAGUAGGCGACGUAAAGGUCGAGGAUGAGCUCGAAAGGAGGACAGAUCUUGGGAGCUCGCAACGCACGAUUGAGGACUGAUUCCAUGUUUCCGGGCACUGUGUUCCACUCGGGCAGCAUGCUCGAGCCGUCCCUGGAGCAAGCUGUGUACACGGUACAGAAUUAGGCUGUUGGCAUGCCGA